AUGAAGUCAAUUCAGUUGUUUAUUGAAGAAAAACAAGUGAUCUACACCAGUGAAACUGUGCAAACAAAAAGUAGUGUAGAAAUAGAAGAAAAUAAACCAAAAGGGAAAACCGCCUCCCUAAAUAGAAAUGAAGAAGGGCGCCAAGGAAUAGAUGCAACUGUCCCUUACCAUGCCGUGGCAACUUGUUAUAUAUUCCCCAUAAUAAUCAUUACCAAAGACGCAGAUCAUGACACCCAGGGCAGGUUCACCGCGCUCCUGCGACCUUUUAACUUCGGCGAAGUACUUAACAAGAACCUCCACCAAACAUACGGGCUGUGCCUGUCACGGGACUCGCCCGCCCGCACCACCGUACUUGGUGUGACGUUGGUUGCCGUAUUUUGCCACUUUAUCGAGGUACUCGUCUCGUCGGGCUGCGCGUUGGGCGACGGCGGCGUGCGCCGAGCUUGGGCACCCUCGGUGAAUGCUGUGCAUUAUAUACGUGGGUGUGACGUCACAUCAAACCCCUACACCCCCUCCGCGCCGCGCGGCUACAAACCCUCACGCCGCGCAACCCCGUCGGCUCCUGGAGUAGACGUGCCCGUUUCUCUCGACACCGGAGAGUUCGGGCGCGCGCUGUGCUCGGCGCUCGGUACAGUCGCCGCGCGCCCGCCACCGAAUACAGCGUGUCGCUCGCAUCGAGUAUCAAGUCAAGCUUUCCACGCGAGUGUACGCGCCGUCACGUCGUCACGUCACGACGCACCACACCAUAGCGGUGCCCGUCGGCGCCGGCUGCAGCCAGUCCACACUCCCAACUGUUCACAAAAUAUUAUCCACCAGGGUGCAACACGUGAUGUAGGGGGGCGACAUCGGUGCGGUGUGCAGUGCGCCGCGCGGCGUGGCAUGGCGCCGCCCGCGCUCACCGUGGCGCUGCUCGCCGCGCUCUCCGCCGCGGCGGGGCCCUCGCCCGCUGCGCCCCCCGAUGGACUUCCAGCAAGGCUGCGGCGCUCACACCGCGAUGCUACAGCGGUGGAAGUACCACCAUCGCAGCCCCCGAGAGUGCAUACGGUGCACCCGAUGCACGCGCUGGACGCCGCAGCCAUCGAGGCCGCUGAGUUGGAGCUGGCGGAAGGCGAGAUGGGACCGUGGCGGGAGCUGUGGUACGGCUCGCUGGACGCCUUGCACCGUGAACCUACGAUCAACAACACGCACGAGGACGUGCUCGUGCAGCUCGGUGCCGUCGCGUUCCUCCACUGUCCCGUGCGGAACCUCGGUGAACGCGGCGUGUCAUGGGUACGGCGCCGAGAUUGGCACAUCAUCAGCUCCGGGGUGCUGAUGUACACCAACGAUGAGCGCUUCCAGGUGCUUCAUAGCGAGGGAUCAGACGACUGGAUCCUGCAAAUAAAAUAUGUCCAAAAACGAGACAACGGUACAUAUGAGUGUCAGGUAUCGACGGGGUCGGGAACGCUGUCGCGGCUGGUGCACCUACACAUCGCAGUCCCGGAGGCGUUCAUCCUCGGCGCGGACGAGCAUCACGUUGACGCGGGGUCUACAAUUAAUCUCGUCUGCAUUAUAGAAAAGAGUCCUGUACCUCCACAAUACGUGUUCUGGUACCACAAUGCGCGGAUGAUAAACUACGACGCGUCGCGCGGCGUCAGCGUGGUCACGGAGCCGGGUCCCAAGACCCAGUCGGCGCUGGCCAUCCGCGCGGCUGGCCCGCAGCACUCCGGGAACUACACCUGUGCCGCCGCCAACACCGAGCCCGCUCACAUUUACGUCUAUGUCUCUGAAGGCAGCGACAAGAUGGCAGCUACGCUGAGCCGCAACACAAGCGGAGCGCUACGCGGCGCAUGCGCAGGCGGUUUGGUGUUGCUCGCGUAUUGUGUGGCGCUGCUAGCCGCGUGCACGUGA